CGCGGGGUUUGCUUGUCUCAUUAAGUUAAAAUUUGAUUUUUGCAUCCGCCAUUUUGAAAAAUGGCGAAGAAGUUUUUCCAUUUGUUCUUUAUUGGAUUUAUUCUGGAAUGGUUCCGUGGGGACUGCAUCAUCCUGGUGAUCCCUGAAGAUGUGCCAGCUGGAUUUGCAGCUAUAUAUGGCUUCUCUCCACGACUUAUGAUUGGCAAAGAUCACCGCUUCGGCUUCGGGUUCCGGUUCGGCAACCACGCCGACUUCCAGGUCAUGUACGAGCUUGGACCACAGACCAUCACCAGACCUCUGCAGCCAGUCGCUUAUAAGACGAGAUCGGCAGCUUACCGCCAGAGCGAGGUAAAAAGGCGCCCUCUACUGCAGUUCUUAAUCAACCUCGGUCUCGUGAAGCAAGUCUCGUACAACUACAACGUGGACGACGACAAUGAAGUCGAUAAUGAGCCCAGAUAAUAUCCACGAGGGCUACGCUUGAAUGAGUAUUAGUUGCUUAGUAUUUUACUGUUUUUUAGAUUAUAUAUUAUGACUUUUUCAGUGUGAAAUAUAAUCAUUAACGUUUGUAUUUAAAUAUAAUAAAACAAAUGUUAAUAAGUACAUUUAGUAGUUGUCUACGCCAGUACACCACAACACUAGGCACGUCCCGCCCGCGACCCCUCGCGCGGUAGCCAAUGGCUAUCGUACACGACAAUUUAAAUUUUAUUCCUGCGCGCGCACUACAAAUCUAGAUUUUUCUAUUGUUUAUUCCUGUGAUUCGAUUUCUGUUUUUUCAUUAUACCAAUUUGUAAGAACAAAGAAAAAUAUAAUUAUCUAAUUCUUAGCUCCAAGUAUUUUAUUUUAACUACCUAUUAGUUCCGUAACGAACAGUAGUGUUUAUUUAAUGGUUGUCGCAAAUAGGAU